GUUGUUUUUGUGUGAGGGCAUUGUCAUUGUCGCAUAGAACUGUCAAAAACGAUUGUUGAAUUAACAGUUUUUAUAUAAAACCACAGUACUUUAUUCAACAAAUUAUUCGAAAACUGUUUAUUGACCUGAUUUACUAAACAAAAACACUUCAAAAAUGACACCGCCAAUGGAGAGAAUUCAAAUUCUUGAAUCAAUUGAAAAGGAUAUAAUUGCAUGUUUGCAAAAUGCCGGUCAAGCUUUUAUGGAACUCAGUAAAGAGAAGUCUAGCUUGAAACAUGCUGAAAGCCACACUCAUAGUUUCUUGAAAUCUUUGAGUGCUGUGGAGUCUAAAUUGAGUGAGCAAAUCAAUUAUCUCACUCAAGUAUCAACAGGUCAACCUCACGAGGGUUCUGGUUAUGCGAGUCAAAAAGUAUUGCAAAUGGCUUGGCACAGACUUGAGCACGUUCGAAGUCGUGUAAAUGAACUCGAAAGAAUGCGAAAUAAGCAUAAUCAAGGAAGAUCAUCAAUGAGAACUAAUCAAACUCAAAUGAUGCCAGCAAAUUCGAUGCAACAACCUCCAAUAAAUGCUGCUUCGUAGUGUCAAACUUCAUCAACUCACUUUACAGACUCGAUUUUCGAGAAUAAUACAAAUUUUUCUCAAGUGCAAUGGUCAACAAAUCAUCCGCAAUCAUUGAUUUCAAAUCAAGAAUUUCAACAAGUAUGUAUGGAGACAUCAAAUAUUGAUAUGGAAUUUUAAAUUUUAGGCUAUUAAAAAUAUAAUUCACAACAAAAAGAAAAGAUAAUUACUUACUAAACUUAUAAAAAAAGGGACUGUAAUGAAUUAAAAAUAACAAUGAUUAUUAAUCAAA